AUGGCUACACGGAGUCGUAUGUGGCCGGGAGCGCCUGGCGCGCCUCCCCGCCCGCCCCUCCCUCGGGUAAGAGGCGAAGCGUGGGAACGGGAUGGGGGAGACUGAGCCAGAAGGCGGGCGGCGGCAGCAGAAGCAGCGAGUGCGUCGAGCUGGCACCAGGCAAUCGCCACCCAGCCCGCUCCUUCACCCAGGCGGGCGGCAGAGCGUGCCUUUCCUUUCCCGGCUGGUCGCGCAGAGGCGAGCGAGCAUGAAGCGGGCGCACCCGGACUACAGCUCCUCCGACAGCGAGGAGCUGGACGAGCCCAUCGAGGUGGAGAAGGAGAGCGCGGACGAGAAUGGAAACUUGAGCUCCGCUCCAGGUUCAAUGUCUCCAACCACCACUUCCCAGAUCCUGGCUCGGAAAAGACGCCGAGGAAUAAUUGAAAAGCGUCGCAGGGAUCGAAUCAACAAUAGCCUAUCGGAGCUGAGGAGGCUGGUGCCUAGUGCUUUUGAAAAGCAGGGAUCAGCCAAACUAGAGAAAGCAGAAAUCCUGCAAAUGACAGUGGAUCAUUUGAAAAUGUUGCACACAGCAGGAGGAAAAGGCUAUUUUGAUGCCCAUGCUCUUGCUAUGGACUACCGGAGUCUAGGUUUUCGAGAGUGUUUGGCAGAAGUAGCCCGCUAUCUUAGCAUUAUCGAGGGUCUGGACACUUCGGAUCCUCUUCGUGUCCGCCUUGUGUCUCACCUGAAUAAUUAUGCCUCUCAGCGGGAAGCAGCGAGUAACUCACACUCAGGGCUUGGACAGAUUCCUUGGGGCAGCGCCUUUGGACAUCACCCCCACAUCACCCACCCGUUGCUACUGCCUCAGAGUGGGCAUGCCACUACGAACGGUGCAGCAUCUUCCACAGAAGGCCACCACCAGAGCCGAAGUGCUGCUUCUCAUGCUGAGUCGUCUUCACUGAGAGCGCCCCCUAAUGGCAGCAUCGGACCAGUUCUUCCUGUGGUCACUGCCGCUUCUAAACUCUCUCCUCCCUUGCUGUCUUCCAUGGCUUCCCUGUCUGCAUUUCCCUUUUCUUUUGGUUCAUUCCACCUGUUGUCCCCUAAUGCUCUCAGUCCGUCUACACCAGCACAGUCAGCCAGCCUUGGCAAACCCUACAGACCAUGGGGGACUGAGAUUGGUGCUUUUUAAGAACUAACAGGGUGGACGAGUGUGUGUGUGUGUGUGUGUGUGUGUGCACGCGUGUGCAUAAAUAUCCAGCUGAGCUGGGAUGUUUUCAACUUCAGUUUUGAACUCUUUUAACAGUUUCUUGUAAAAAUUCCAAUUCCAGUUUUAACAGAGUUUGUACAAAAAGAAAAGAGUGUUCUUCUUUUCCCCCUCCCUAUGAUUUAUAUUAGCAGAUUGAAAAACAACAACAAAGCCACAGUUGCCAGAAGUUUAUCCAAUGCUUUAAAUUACGAUAGAUGUUAUUGUUUUCAUAGAAUUAUGCUGACUAUUUGUUACGUUAGUGGUAUUUUUCAAAUGAUCCCAAUUGUCUGAGAACACUGGAUUUUUUUUUCUUUAAAGGACUAGAAUUUCUGUCUUUUUAUGCAACAGAGCCUUAACACACAUUUUGUUCUGUUUUUGCUUUGCUGUGAUAGCAAGAUGUUGUUCCAGGGGGAAAUCCUUUGUAAACUAUGUUCUCAUGUCUGUAUUUCUGAGCAAAAGCGUUGACAAAUCAGGUGGACCUGCUUUAUCCAAUAAUAAGAAGAAAAUAACCUCCCUGUGACCAGUGCAGUGGUUCAGUCUGCUUUGCAGGUUUGUCAUGGUACCCAAUAGAUAUUUACCCCCAUUAUAGAACUCCAGAUCUGCUUCUUGUGCCAAAUCAUGUUGUUGGUUUUCUCCCAAGGGCUCAUGCUUCUGCAAGCAUGACAAAAAAAGUUUAAAGACUAAUGUCUGAAUCCUAGUGGCUUUUGCAUGCUUAUCCCAACUCUUUUAACAUAAAAGAUUGGAUAACAAUGCAAUCCUAUAUGUCUACUUAGAAGUAAGCCCUAUUGAGGUCAAUGGGAUUUACUCUCAGGGAAAUGUGUACAGGAUUGCAGUAUCAGUUUGCUGAACUUGGUUCUCAUUGAUUUUGGUUGUUCUAUCAAUUUCAAUGGGAACGAAGUUAACUAAGGCCUUAGCUAGACCUAAGGAUUAUCCCAGGCAAAUGGGAUUAUCCCUGUCUGCUCCUGGGUACCCCUGUGUGUCAUUUGGAUGCACAGGGAUGAUCCCGGGUCUAGCCAUGGCUUAACUUUCAAAAACCAGCGUAAUCCACACCAAAGCUGGAAUGUUCAGAACAUUCCAUCAUAAAAAUAUGAAGACAUUGGAUCCAGGCUAUCACUUGCCAUCACUUUUGUCCUGAAUCUCAUGUAACUACAAGAUACAUCUAAAAUAUAAGUUACUUUGAGUAGCUAUACCCUAUUUCAGCCCAGGGGAUAUGGGUUGGAUUCAAGCUCAGUUAAUUCUGCUUGUUCCCAUUGAAAUCAAUGAGGACUUUUAGUCAAGAUGAGGCAGUUCCGGUUGUUCUUGCCUAUUCCUCCUUUAGUCCUUUUUCUGCCCUACGCCAUUGACUGGACUUGGAAAUGGAGUGGGGAAAUGGUUGGAUGGACAUGGGGUUAGAAUGGGCAGGAGAAACCCCAGCUACUUUAUUUCCUGCUUUGUUUGUGUGUUGAAGAUAAACACACGUUCUCUGGGUUGCAAUUUGACUCUUAGAUCUAAGGUAGAAAGCUGCAAGGGCCUGGUCAGAUUGGGUUCCAUCCAAUGUCACGUGAGCACACUUCUCUGUCUCCUCCUCUAUCCAGCCCUGCCACCUCCAACAUCUGUUCUGGAGGAUCCUUAACCCCCCCAGAGCAGAUUUGCAGGGGUGAGUGAGAAUAUAUUCUGUUGGUGAUACUCAUUGUCCUGGUGAAAGGACACAAUUGGUUACAAUCUGUUCUGACUGCAGAAUGUAAGCAUUAACGUAGAGUCUGGUAGUACUUCUGAAAACUUGAGUAGUUUUUACAGGGCUGGCCCAAGACAUUUUGAUAAAGCAAGAAAUAGUGUGCUCCCCCAAAAUGUCAAGGUGCGUAGUAUGCAAGACCAACCAAAUUGUUUUGGUACCUGGGACAGAUAAUCACAUAAGUACCCUUCCCGUUCCUUGACAAUAAAAAUUCAGUAAUAAUGAAUUAAAUUACUAACGAAGUUGCUGCCCUUAGCUGCCUGAGACAGCUGCCUCACUCUGCCUAACAGUAGGGUUGGCCCUGAUGCCGCAUAGGUCCAAAUCUUUUCCAGUCAAUAACUGCAAAAGUGGAAGAGGAAAAUAUAAUUCUCCAUUUAAAAGUACAACCAAAACGAAGUUUGUGAAUCAUUUAAAUGAACCAUUCUUUGUCUAAAUCUGCAUAAUUACUGCCUUUUCCCUAAUUCUUCCCUCUCACACAAUUGUGGUUUUCACAAACAAAAAAACCUUUGGAGGGUAAUGCAAAGGGAAUGCCUCAGUUUGCAAAGGUCUCUUGUAUAUAUUUUGGGCUGGUUUCAUAACCAUCUGCUCUGAACAAGUCUGUUCUUUAAAUAGAUACUCUAAAGAGGGUUCCACCAAAUUGAAUUUGAGCAUUUUGUAUUUGUAUUGUGCCUAAUAAGAAUAAGAACAAAGUUGAAUGGCAGGUUUCUCUAGCUAGACGAGAGGAAAUUAAAUGUAGUUUUCAACAGGUUGUGGUAUAAUUAUUACCAUCCUUUUGUGUUGCCUUAAAUGUAAUGUUAUUCAGUAAAUAAUAUGUCUUAUUCCA